CGCGCAGGUGAAGCCAAUGGUGCGUCAUGGACGCGGCGUGACUUUUUAGUAGGCUUGUGACGUGGCUGGUCUUUUGAGCUGUGACAGGCGCCGGGGGAAGUCUUUUUCUCGUGGCGCUCUUAGCGGAGGCAAAAGACGAGUCGGCUCUCUUGAAGACUGACAGCAUCUUGCAAUCAUGUUUUCUAAACUUGCCCAUCCACAAUUGUUUGCUGUUCUCCGUCGUGGUGUUCAUGCUUCAGUGAGUUCAGCUACAUCGGUUGCAACUAAGAAAACGGUCCAAGGUCCGGUAUCAUCAGACCUCAUAUUUGAACGUGAGGCCAAGUAUGGUGCACAUAACUACCAUCCACUUCCUGUUGCUCUUGAAAAAGGAAAAGGUGUUUAUGUGUGGGAUGUAGAAGGCAGAAGAUACUUUGACUUCUUGAGUGCUUACAGUGCUGUCAAUCAAGGCCAUUGUCACCCCAAGAUUGUAGGUGCUCUGAAAUCCCAGUGUGAGAAACUUACCCUUACCUCAAGAGCCUUUUACAACGAUGUGCUUGGUGAAUAUGAAGAGUAUGUCACUAAAAUGUUCAAAUAUAACAAAGUGCUUCCAAUGAACACAGGUGUGGAGGCUGGAGAAACGGCAUGUAAGCUGGCUCGUAAAUGGGCGUAUACCGUGAAAGGAAUUCCAAAAUACAAGGCAAAGAUUAUUUUUGCAGCUGGCAACUUCUGGGGAAGAACGAUGUCCGCUGUCUCGAGUUCUACAGAUCCUACUAGCUAUGAUGGAUUUGGACCAUUUAUGCCAGGUUUUGAAGUAAUUCCAUACAAUGAUUUGCCAGCUCUUGAGCGCGCUCUUCAGGAUCCAAAUGUUGCAGCUUUCAUGGUUGAACCAAUUCAAGGUGAAGCUGGUGUGGUAGUUCCUGAUAAAGGUUAUCUAACAAGUGUGCGAGAGCUGUGCACAAAGCACAAUGUUCUCUUUAUUGCUGAUGAAAUUCAGACUGGGUUAGCUAGAACUGGGAAAAUGCUGGCUGUGGAUCAUGAGAAUGUUCGACCUGAUCUGGUACUGCUUGGCAAGGCCCUAUCUGGAGGUGUCUACCCUGUUUCUGCAGUACUGUGUGAUGAUGAAAUUAUGCUCACCAUUAAACCUGGUGAGCAUGGUUCUACAUAUGGGGGAAAUCCAUUGGCCUGCCGGGUGGCCAUAGCGGCACUUGAGGUCAUUGAAGAGGAAGAAUUAGUAAAAAAUGCAGAAAUCAUGGGUAAUAUAUUGAGGAAUGAACUUAUGAAGACUCCAUCAGAUAUUGUGACUCGGGUCAGAGGAAAAGGCUUAUUGAAUGCCAUUGUUGUUCGUGAAACUAAAGACUAUGAUGCCUGGAAAGUAUGCCUGCGACUCCGUGACAAUGGACUGUUGGCUAAACCAACACAUGGUGACAUUAUCAGGCUGGCUCCCCCAUUGACUAUCAAGGAAGAAGAGAUCAGAGAGUGCAUUGAGAUCAUCCAUAAAACCAUUUUAUCUUUCUGAAGGCACAAGUAUGCUCAAAAAUGCACAUGCAGGUUGACUCCAUAGUGGUCCUGCAACAGUGUUACUCUGGAACCCCUCUCCUUCUCCAUCAAUAUUUUUCAACCUGCUGGGGGUGGAAAAAACAUACAUCUUCUAAAAUUGAAAAGCUUGCAACUCUUUAAUGGACCUAAAGAAAGCAAAGAACCAUUCUGAAACUGGUUUUUUGCUCCAUUGUGACUAGAAAACAUAUUGGACUUCAUUCAGUGAAUUAUGCAUUUGAAAUGUUUAACUAUAUCUUCUAUAUGGACCUCUUCUUAAAUAUCAAUUAGGUUUUAGAUAUAUAUUCUAUAAAUAUAUGAAACUAUUAAAUUUUUUUGGCACUUUUA